AUGAUUCUGUACAAGAUCCGAAAGUUUGCUGAACAGCAAGCAGCAAGACCGAUAUCCUUUCGAUCGAGCGACAAGUCAUCAGAUGUGCAAGCAAUGGUGCCCAAGAACUCUCACAGCUUUUCAAAUUUGGAACUACACGAAGAUGGUAGCAAAUAUUCCUCCUUCUGGAAUUCAAAGAUUGUUUGCUUUACUCGAUCGGGACGGAAGUGGUCCAUUGAGCGAGAUGAGUUCAUCGCGUGGUAUGCAAAUCACUUGGAGGCAGACAAGCAUGUAUCACCGAAAGAACGGGCCGAGGAACUUUUCAAUUCCUUUGACCUGAAUCAUUCUGGUGAAGUUACAAUUGGAAUGUUCAAACAGAAAAUGGAUAAUUUCAAAUUUGGGUUUACGAUCGAUGACUUGGAGCGAUCGCGAACGAGCUGGAUAGAGAUAGAUGAAUAA